AUGGCGACAAGUGAUUGGAGUUCAACGUACACGGACCGCGGAUCUCUCGGUCGCCCAGGAAGUGCGUCCAUUUCUCCUAUUCCUGUAUCAACGGGUUCGCCUCCGGAUAGUGGAAAUAGUUCUCCAAAUUCUCCAACGAUUGCUCAGGAUGUAAGUGUCUUUUAAAUUGCUGUUUCUCCCUAUAAAAGGAGUGAGCUCCUGGACUCCACAUGUCUGCGAUCGGAGCUCAGCGAUUCGUUUAUUGUCUAAUUUUUGGGCACUGUGAGCUUACUGUUUACCAUUAGAUUAGCUUUAAUGCGCUUUUUUAUCUAAUCACUCUGACACUAUGAUUGUGGCCGUUGAUUAACUUGAGACCAAGAAAACAAUAGCAUUAUAUUCUCUUCGAUCGGUUAAAUCAUAAUGCAUUGCUUUCUGCUGGUAUCUUUCCAUGAUUAUUGCUGAGUUCUUGUGUUAAAAACACGAUUAUGUUUGAUCGGUGAAUGCUUUGUAAUCUGGAGUGAGCAUGUCUUCGGCCAUUUCAUAAAUUCUAAAACCCCCCUGUGGAAAAGAAUUUUAUCACAGGAGGUGAAUAAAUGUUUUUCAAAGAAUCUGAAAAAGUUUUAUAAUCCGUAGAAUGGGAAGGUGAUACACAUUUUGUUUGGUUUAUUGAUCAUCAGCUGUUAACAAUGCAAAAACUGAAAAAGUCACAUAGAUGAGGUAAAAAUAAUAAACAGGCUUAGAUGAAAUAUUUACCAUUUGCACAUCCUGUUUCAAAUAUUAAUUUUGGCCUUAGAUUUAAUGAAAGUUUGUAAUUGAUUUUUUUCUGGAAGAGGUUUUGUCCUUACAAUGAUUUACUCUAUACAGCUGUGUCAUUAACAUUUCUAUGCAAUAAUUAUUUAAUUAAUUUUGUACAAAGGGGUCAAGCAUCAAAGGAAAUGAAUUUGUGUUUGCGUUGCUAACACCAUGGUGUGAAUUGUUCAGGAACAAUAAAAGAUUUUUAAACCAAUUCAGACAUUUUUGACAACUGAAAUACUUUUGAACAAAUUUUUGUAAAGGUAGUAGCAUGAUUUGUAGUGAUAUUUGGCAUAAAUACCACGAGUGAUAUUUCGAGAUUGUUAUACAUAAUUUCACGAGCCGUUAGGCGAGUGAAAUUUGAGACAAUUUGGAAAUAUCACAAGAGGUAUGUAUACCUAAUAUCACGUACAAAUCAUGCUAUUAUUUGUUAAUACUACUACCCACAAAGGUUUUGCAAUUUUCAUAUGUAGGUAUUUCAAAUUAAGCUGAAAUACCACUGCUCUAAGCCAAUCAAACUGCAGAAAUUUCUCAUGUAGUAGUAUAAGCAUCUUAAUACCCAUUGCAUGAGUAUAAUAUUACUCCAUACUCUCAUCAUUAAUAAGGUGUCCAUAUUGUACCAGUCAAACUGCCCAUGUAGCCUAGCCCCUCCCCCCACAUUUAACAGGCUUUCUCAAAUGUUCCAACAUAACAGUGAAUAUAGGAGCAAUGACCCAUGAAUGUGGUGCACAGCAGAAUGCGGAAUGAAUUACAAAAUCCUUUUGCUGGCAACACUGCAGACCACCAUUUUGACACAAAAGUCAAAUGCUGGACUGGGCGGGCCUCAUUUUGGGUCAAAUUCCCCACUGUGUGGAGCAAAACUCCAGUCAAAUGCCUGUUUGGGGGUGGGGGGGGGGGAGGACGGUUUUCGAACUGACUGGUACAAAAGAUCAUUCUUUUACUAGUAACACCCUUCUGCUCUAAAACCAAAAUUAUGAAAAUCCAAAAUUUCAUUAAGUUGAAGAAUGAGAUACAAAUAAUGAAGACAAGACUACAGCUGAUAUAUUUUGCAUAAGACCAGCUAACUUACACUGUACAGCUGUAGUCACUUACAUAGGGCCAUGGUUCCUAGUGGAGUAUUAGGGCCAUGGACAACACUCCUCUAUCAAACUUGUUUCCUGGCUGUUGUUACUGCCUCAGCCCAACUGACUCCCAGCCUUUUAAGUUCUGCCUCACUGUCUUGUCUCUAGCUGUUCUUAGGCGGGCCCCCUCUUCCCUCUACCCUGGGGCUUCCAGGUGUCAUGCUUGAUGUCAGUUUUAUUAUCCCCUGUCUACCCCCACUAAUGCCUAAGGAUCUGUUUUUCCAUUGGUUCCUGGGCUUGACUCUCAAAGCUCCUCAUUUUGACCUUUUCUGGCCAUCUCAUCUUGAAAAUGUGCUGUCUCAGACAACUGUUGAUAAACAGCUGGAUCUUUUGCAAUGUCUCUGUCUUUUGCCAAAGCGAUUUCAUAAAAUGUCCACGUCACAGGCUUUUAUCCACAGACUCAAAAUUUAUGAUUUUUUGUGUUUCCAUGAUCAGGUUUGGAAGUAAAGGGUUCCCUUAUUGUAGGAAAUUAACACUCCAUGAAAUUAAGGUAUUGGAAAUUAACGUGACUUAAAUUAACACAAAUUAACAUGGACUUUCAAAUAAACAAAAUUAACCCAAAAGAGAUGGUAACAUUUCAAAAUGAAGGAAAUUAAUUUGAUGUUCACCAAGAAGCAAAACUUGUUGAGACUACAAGAACAAUGUUAAAUAGAUGAUCCAAAAUAAAAAUUUGUUCAUGGUUUUCUUUCCAUGAACAUACAUGUACAAAGGGGAUCAAGUAAAGAAAUGUGGCCACUUUGAGGGUUCUUCACAGUUUCACUGUUACUGGCAGAUCUUCACCCUGAUAGAAUACUCCUCUUCCUUAUGUCACUCAAGAAUGUCAGAAGUGUAUUGAGAAUUUGGGGCAAUGCUCCUCUUAAUUAAUGACGCGAAAAAUGAUGUUUAUAAAAUUUAACGCAAUUUGAAUUAAUUGUGAUUUUUUAAAAUUUGUAUUAAUUUCAUGAAGCGUUAAUUUCCUAUAAUAAGGUAUAAUAUUAAAAGUAAUGAAUAAAAAAACAUAUUCCUGGACCAUUUUAGAGCAUUGAGCAAGUGGAAGACAUGGGAGAAGUUGCAGGAAAUAAUGAUGAAGUUGCAGAUUACCAGAAAGAAAUUCAUGAUCUCAGGCUGCAAAUACAACAGUUACAGGAUGCUGGAAAUGUCAAGGAUUACCCUGGUAAGAGAAUUGCUUUGGGAUUUGUUUUAAAGUGAACAUUGACUUACAUGUAAGCAAGAACUUCAGCCUUUCUUUGGCCACAUUUUGAAAUCAAGCAGCUUUAUCAUUUCUAAAUACUAGUACAAGGUCUUCUAUCAGAGUCCAUUUAAGGAUUUUUUUUUUAAUAUAAAAAAUGUAGACUGUUAGAAUCAUCUUUUACAGCAAAGUAAACAGUACCAUAGGAAAGUAUAACGCAGAAGCUUCAAGCUAAAUUAAUAGAUGUUCAUCUUCAUACUGAAAUCAAAAUUAAGGGAUGUCACAAAAGCGGGCUGCUGGCUAAUUUCACUGGCUGAAAAAGAGCUUACCACUGGCCCAAAAUGCAAAGAAAAAAAAUGAGUAAAAAACCCGGCUUGACUAAUUUAAAAGCCUGCUUAAGCGUUUUUAUAGCUACAUGAUUCUACAUCCCUACACCUGGUUUAGAUUGCAAGUUACCUCCUUUUAGGUUUCAUUUGAAUUUGACUUUCCUUGCUUAGAGAUCCAUCAUUCAAAAAUCAAUAAAAAAAGAGCCAUAGGUCAGACAGUAUAAUUUUUUGAAUGUGUUUUUAAUCUGUAGAAUGUUUUUUCUUAUUCUUAUGAAAAAUUUGUGUAAUUGUUUGAGUGUUUCUGUCUAGAUGCCAAUGAACUGAGACGAAAACUUGCUCGUGGUGAUGAGGAGCAGGCAGAGAAAACCAGACAAUUUAAUGAAGAGGUAGUA